AUGUCGUUAGUUCACUUGGCCAACUUCAGUGCCCACAUAAAGAACUGUACUCGGUUGAACAUCUCGUCCACGUCGGUUCCUUUCACCCGCUUGCACUUGCAAUUAUCCUUUUUGUUGUACAAAGAGGGCUUCAUAUCGUCUGUGCAAAGAGGAUCCAAUGCCGGCCCCGACAAGACACCAGCAGAAGUCACACCAGAUAACAUUUCCAGCAGGAGGUUAUGGAUUGGAUUGAAGUACAGAGACAACUUGUCGGUGAUAAGAAACUUUUCGUUGGUUCUGAAGCCCAACAGAAAGGUUCACUUCACAUCCACAGAAAUAAAAGCGUUGGCUUCAGGUAUACCGGUGGGGAUUGUUCGUCCUUUGCAACCGGCAGAAUGUAUGUUUAUCCAAACUGACGAAAGCGAAAUCUUGGAAGUGCAAGAGGCCGCCAAAAAGAACUUGGGGGGAACGGUGUUGUGUCGAGUCAGGUAG